GUCAAGGGAGCACUUUAAUAGACGCUAAAUCCAAAGUGAUUUGUAAAAGCGUCACCAAAAGGCAAGUAAAAAUCGACAUAAAAAAGGAAAAAAAUAAUAAUGGCCAAGAAGAUUAUUGCAGUGUUUGUGAUGUGCAUUGUUGUAAUGGCUUCUUUGCAAUUUGGCAAUGCCACCAAUGAAGAAGAAGUUAAGAAAUAUGAGGCUAAAUUUGAUGUCAAAUAUGUGUCUUGUUAUGAAAAUUGUAUGAGGGUAUGCCUUGCAAGGCUCGGUGGCCGAGGCUAUUGUCAAGUUAAAUGUGACGAAGAUUGCGAAGAAAAAGAAGUUGCUGAUAAGUUGAACAUCCCAUUGCACUGAAUAACAUAAUGGGGGAAUUAAAGGAUAAAAGUGCUUCCUAUCAUGGAGGAUCAAUGAGAGCAUUCUUAUUGUAUUAAAAUCAAAGGGAGUUUAUGAUAAACCCUCCUUUCUAUACAAUAAUAUGAUUCCAAAAUUUUUAUUUAUAAUGAACUUCUUGCUUUAA